AAUUUGACAGUUAAGUUUCUCUGCUAAUCCUGUAUUGAGGAAACUCCCACUGCUGCCAGAAUCGAUUAGAAUGAUCAGCACCUGAUUUCCCACCAAUGCUCGCAAGCGAAUUGUUUCAGAAUCAUCCUUGCCCGCAAUGGCAUUCAUGGAUAAGCUCAAUUCCUUGGCGUUCUCCAUGUCUUGUAUUUCCAGUAAGUUCAGGACUUCAUCUGCAAUGAUCUCCGCUUCUUUUUCCACUGUUAAGGCAUGCAGCUCUGCCUUUUUUGCACACUGGUGUGUGGGAGAGUAUGGGUCUCCACACUUGAAACAUUGGUUGUUUGCAGUCUGUACUCACGGAGUUGACGAUCACGCCAGAACUCCCCAUUGCCCACCUUCACGGAUGGUUUUCCUUGCUCUGGCCGUGCUGGAGCAGCCUCUUGUCGGUUGUGCUGAUAUGUUUUCCCUGUCCAACGUUUUGCAUCUGCCAAAACCUCCUCCUGAACCAGUGCUAGAAGAAUGGCUCGCUCGACAGUUUCAGGACAGGGUCUCAAAUUGCAUCUGAUAUUCUGCUACAGAACCUUUUUGUUUGAGUGCAAGCAACUGUUUCAUAUAACGCCUAUGAUCAUCAGCGCCAAAUUUCUCUUCUACCGCAGACAUCAGUGCUGGCCAGGUACUUAUUUCAUGCCUUAACCGAUAAGACUUCAACCAUAA